GCUGGAUGAGGCGCAACCAGAACUCUUCUGACUCUCUGACUAAUGGCUUCAGCUCGCCCUCUCCAGACCCCUACUCUUCAAGAGGGGGAAAAAGUGGGGGGUUCCUGCCAUUUACCAACAGCCUGACAGCCAUGCUGGGCGCCUCUCGGAAGAAAAGGCCCGGAGGGAGGGCCGGGGCUGAGGGCCGGGGCACCAUCAAAGUGGAUCUUCCUAAUCAGCAGCGAACAGUGGUGACUAUUCGGCCAGGUACGACUGUCUACAGCUCUCUGGACAAGGCCCUGAAGGUGCGUGGGCUAAACCAGGACUGCUGUGUCGUCUACCGGAAAAUCGGCGGAGGGCGAAAGACUAUUACAGAUUGGGACACUGACCUGGUCAACCUGGAAGGGGCUGAGCUCUCUGUGGAGGUUCUGGAAGAUGUGCCACUCACUAUGCACAAUUUCGUCCGCAAGACAUACUUCAACCUAGCAUUUUGCGACUUCUGCCAUAAGUUCCUUUUUUACGGCUUCCGCUGCCAGACCUGCGGCUACAAAUUCCACGAACAUUGCAGCAGCAAGGUCCCUACGGUCUGCGUUGGUCUAACUACUGCACAUAAACCUGUAUACUGGUAUGACCCAUGGCCAGAUCCCUCAUUGUGGCAAGAGAGUGUCCCUACUACCCCAGCCCAGCCUAAUUAUGACCCCAUGACCCCUCAAGAGUCUAGCUUACACAAGCAGCCACUCCGCAGCCCAGAAGCCUUUCCCUUCCCCAGUAUUCAAGGCGACCGGCAGCUGCUCCAACGGCAUCGCUCCACGUCAACCCCGAACGUUCACAUGGUCAGCACUACCAGUCCCGUGGACAGCAGCAUGCUUGAGUUCAUCAGCAGAAGCCACAACACAGAUGCUCCAUCUGGGCCGGAACUGCUUUUACCAGCCCCCCCAGUUCCAAGUUUUGUUGCUGCUUCACCAGGACAGCGCUCCCCACAUCAAAAGUCCCCCAGCGAGCCCCCAAGGGAACGCAAAACUCCAGUUGAAGACAAAAAGAAGCUUAAACCUUUGAACUAUCGGGACUCAAGCUAUUACUGGGAAGUCCCUUCCAACGAGGUAACCUUGCUGAAGCGCAUCGGCGCCGGCUCCUUCGGCACCGUCUACCAGGGCCGCUGGCAUGGGGAUGUUGCAGUCAAGAUCCUCAAGGUCACCAACCCUACCAGCGAGCAGGUGCAGGCCUUCAAGAACGAGAUGCAGGUGCUCAGGAAGACGCGUCACGUGAACAUCCUGCUCUUCAUGGGGUUCAUGACUCGGCCCACCUUUGCGAUCAUCACCCAGUGGUGCGAAGGCAGCAGCCUCUACCAGCAUUUGCACGUGCAAGAGACGCCCCUCGAGAUGGUGCAGCGGAUCGACGUGGCCCGGCAAACGGCGCAGGGCAUGGAUUAUCUUCAUGCCAAGAACAUAAUCCACCGAGAUCUCAAAUCCAACAACAUCUUUCUGCAUGAGGGGCUGACGGUAAAGAUCGGCGACUUCGGCCUGGCCACGGUGAAGACUCGCUGGAGCGGCUCACAGCAAGUGGAACAGCCCAGCGGCUCCAUACUUUGGAUGGCAUCUGAAGUGAUUCGAAUGCAAGACCCCAACCCCUACAGUUUCCAGUCCGACGUCUACUCAUACGGAGUCGUUCUUUACGAGCUGAUCACCGGGACCCUUCCCUACAGUCACAUCAACAACCGAGACCAGAUUAUAUUCAUGGUUGGCCGGGGGUACUUGUCCCCUGACUUAAGCAAGGUGCCCAGCAACUGCCCCAAAGCCAUGCGCAGGCUGAUGUCUGACUGCCUUAAAUUCAAGCGUGAGGAAAGACCUCUCUUUCACAAGAUCUUAGCCACCAUUGAGUUACUCCAGCGCACUCUGCCCAAGAUUGAGCGCAGCGCCUCUGAACCCACACUCCAUCGGGUGGCCCACAACGAAGAACUGACUUCCUUCGCUCUACCCUCUGCCCUGCGGUUCCGCAGCUAACGUGGUGUGACAGUAGAAAUGCCUGCAGAGGCCAUGCACCCCUCCAGGAGGGCAGUCGCAAUCCAAGGCAUCACAACGCCUUUCGUACGCCUGCGUGUGGACAGACUCUUUGACUUGGCAGGGAGCUUCCGUCGGGAGCGCUUUCCGGCGAAUGCAGACCCAGCAGGGGGCGCCAGAGCGGAAAGGGCAACGCCCCCCUCGGGGAUCUGCAUGUGGCUUUGGUGCCAUCGUGCCCCAGGUUUAUUUUCAUGGGGUACUUAUCCUGAUUUUUGUUUUUCGAGGGGGGAUGCUCUCAUAGAAGUGAAGUGUAAAAUAAAGAAAAAUCUAACUGGUA